UGGACCAUCACGCCCUACCACCAGGGGCAGCCCAUCCUCACGCCUCGGUACUCUCCUUCUCCUUGACGACCCACACACACAACGACACGAUCAACCAACGACCCCUUUCCAGCUCAUCCCGACCCCUCGAUACGAACACUGCAACGACAGACAGCAAAAAGAUCACGAAGCCAAAGGCGGCGAAACACUCCCUCGACUAUACUAUCCCCCACGACGACAACCACCCCACUGUCCUCCACGACAUCACCCAACUCACAUCUUCGCUUACUAUUGACGACCUAUAUCAUCUCCGACCUCAGCCAUGGCAGCCUUUGCGUCUCAGCAGCGCCCCAACCUCUCUGUGGACGUCGGGCUGGCUCAGACCUCUGGCAAGCACCCUCGGCAGAGCAGCAGAGCCCAAGUCCAUGCCGACAGGUCGGCUCAAGCUCCUCGUACUCAGCCUCGUCAGCAGCAGCAGCGGCAACAACAGCAGCACUAUUAUCAGCAAGAUCAAGGCGGCUUCUACUCGGAUGACGACGCAUACAAUGGCAACGAUCAGACUCAAGGAGUCGCUGGUCAAUACGACGAUCCCGUAGACUCGUCGGACGAGGAAGAGAGGCGUGCAGCGCAAGCGCAUGGGUCACGCUACCAGGACCAGCAGCAGCAGCGCAGGCGGACAGACCAAGAUGCCUAUGCAGCCGAGUACCACAAUGGAGUGGACGACCAUAGCUACGCCGAUGAGAGUGAUAGCAUGAGCCGAGCGCAGGUAGGCAGCAGCAUGGACCACGACCAGGAGGAGGAGGAGGAAGAUGGUUUCGAAGACGAUGACAUGGAAGAGGAAGAGGAAGAGGGCGACGAUGACGAGCUGUCGAGCAGCCCGUCUAUUCCGGAUGAGAACAUCAACUUCGAUCUCGUGUACGCCCUCCACAACUUCCCGGCGACAGUGGAAGGUCAAGCGACGGUCAUCAAGGGUCAUAGCUUGACUCUUCUGGACGACUCCAACAGCUACUGGUGGCUAGUCAGAGUCCUGCGGACACAAGAAGUGGGGUACAUUCCCGCGGAGAACGUCGAGACUCCUUUUGAAAGGUUGGCAAGACUCAAUAAGCACAGGAAUGUGGACAUCACGGUCGCUACCGAUGACGACGUGAUACAGGUGCCAAGCCGCAUCUUCUCCUCCCAUCUCGUCAAGCAGCGGGAUGCAAUAGCCGAAGCUGGUCGGUCAAAGCAUUCUGGCAAGCUUUCCGCCCUAUCACGACGAAGAGACGGAGCUCCUAUGGCAUCGCCCACACCUCAGGGCACUGGUAAACCCUCUGUCGUCUUCGGGCCUGACUCUUAUGUGGAACACAGCGGAGACGAAUACGAAAGUGAUGAGGAGGGCGAGUACGAGGACGAAGAAGGAGACUACGAGGAAGACGGAGAGGAAGGGGAGGAGGGAGAGAUGGAUGAGGAUCAGAUGCGAGCGCAGAUGGAGCAGGAGCACAGCUACGAUACUGAUACAUCGGAUCCAGACGUUCGUGGCAGGGGUGCAGAUGGGAUGGCCGAUACAUCUGAAGCAUCGACGGUGACUCAGUCACGGCCAAACGCCUCCGUGAUCCCAACGACCGCCGCCGGAAAGAAGGCGUUCCUCGAUAAGAUGGAACCGGACGAUGGCAUGGAUUGGGAUGCCCACGAAGGCCUGAAGCAGCAGCAGCAGGCGGAAGCAGGUUCUGGUAGGGCUCCGAAUACCUUCAAUCCUGAUACCUCGGUCCAGUCUCAAGAUGCACACUCUCGUCAAGAUCCAGCUCAGCUUGCUAGGGGGUCAGGAUCUUUACAGCAACAGCCUCAGGGCUCGACUGGGGACGAUACUGCUGGCAUGUCGCACGGAGUCUCGGACCGCUCUAUCGCUUCAAUGACUUCGAGCGCUGGAGAGCCGGCACAGACACAAGGUAACCGAAAUCGCGCCGUAUCAAAUGGCUCUGAGAUGAGCCAGCUUUCCUCGACAACGAGUACAGCGUCGGUCAAGGACAAGGAUCAGAAGCGGAAAUCCAAGGGAGGGUCCAUUGAUGGCAGUGAGGAGCCAACUUUCAACGAUGACAAGUCAACAAAGAAGCGAUCUGGCGUCUUCUCCGGCCUCUUCUCCCGCAACAAGGACAAAAAGGACCGCAAAUCCGGCUCAUUCUCGUCUGCUGGCGGCAGCACGCUCGGAGGUCACCAAGACAACAUUGUCGUCACGAGGCCUUCGACGGAAAGCACACGCGCUCGAGAAGCUUCACCGAGUGUCGCUGGUCCAACGGGCCUCAGCCGAACGGUGCAAGAAAGAGAUAGGGCAACACAAGACGCAUAUUCGCGGCAAUUCCUUGGUGAUCGCUCAGGAUCGUUGACUGAUUCACUGUCUCCUAGGCAAGGCAAACAACGGCCCGGCUCACUGAUUGCCACUCCCAACUCAGCGCCAAUGCUCAAUGUAGUGCGAGUCUUUGCUGGUGAGGGGAUCCACUCCGACUCAACCUUCAAGACUGUCCUUCUGAAUGAUACAACGUCAGCUCGGGAUCUUGUAAAACAAGCAACACAGCGGUUCAGAUUGCAUGAGGAGAACGCCGAGGUCCAAUACCUACUCACUGUCAAGCUCCUGGAAGGCAAUGAGAGGGCACUCGGAGCUGAAGAGAAGCCCCUCCAAGUCUUCGAUCGACUGUGUCAGAUGGCACCCGAUGAGGCUGCCUUCAUGCCAAGCAUCAAGCGGUCGUCCAUCGGAUCAAUUUCGUCUAUCUCGUCCAACUUGAGCCUCAAUCCUGCCAUCGCUCGAGUCAAUGGAGAUUUCAGCGAUGACCACUCUGUCAAGUUCUUCUUGACCAGAGUGAUGCCAGGCAGUCGUAAUGACCUCGCGGUGGAGCAGGGCUUGGACUCAGGACCUUCAUACACAUACGGAGACCCCACUUACUUUGCUGAUGCAUCGAAGCAGAAGGGUGUUGCUCCAGCGCUGUCUUCAGCAUUUGGGAGGCCCCAGAGUCUAUCCACAUCGAACCCAGACUCGACGCUUCUGCAAGCGCCUACAGCCAGAUUUGCCCUGCGUUUGCUUAUCUUCCCAUCCGAGCUGCCUGAGGGCACUGUCUUCGACCCCCAGACGAACGCCCUCAUCCCGACUUCCGUCCUUGCUGAGCGAGGUCCAGGGGGUUCGGUGCCCUCGGAAUACGUCGAGCAGCGCUUCCGUGAGAAGGUGCUCUCUCUUGCGAACAAUGCCACCGUUGCGGAGGUGAUUGAGACCGGACUGGAUCGCUUCGGAAUCAUGGAAGGAGUUGUCGAGGGUGGAGAUGACGUCGGAGACCGAUCUUCACGGCGAAAGACCCGAGGCAGGAUCCAGUACGGCCUUACCGUUGACACCUCGAAGGGUGGUCCUGCCCAUGAGAAGUCUUUAGCGCCGAAUUCGAAGGUUCUAGAUGCCUAUCCGGUCCCGCCCAUCUUCAAGACAUCGACGGCUAACAAGCGACGAUCUACGGACUCGGCCAUGCUGCUGAGCAUGGCAGAGGAGCAGAUCAGAAGCGACGAUCCUGUCUUUGUCCUGAGGGCUGUAAGCUCACACGCUCAUGCUCACGGCAAGCACGGUAAGGCAGUCAGAGCCCUGAGCCCUACCGAAGGAAGACUCGUCAAUAGACAGGAGCAACAGCGCCAGGCAGACAUCAACACCUACAAGGCGACGACAUCAGAGGCCGAUGACAGCGGCAUCCUGCGAAGAGGGCAGUCAUCACCGACUCAAGUCCUGGGGCAGUCGAGUGGGCCUGUCACCCCUCGUAGUAAGCAACAAGAAGUGAUCGCUGCUCAGCGUGCCGCCGCCAAAGAGCGCAAGGCGGCUGUGUUGGGUGCCCAGCGCAACGAUGUUCGAGGAGUAGAUUUGUACCUGGACAACAAGGCUCGAAUCCGUUCAUCGAGGUCACUCGAAGGCACUGUGCGAUACUCAUACCUCCCCGACUCCAUGCAAGAAUCGGAGAUGGACAUCAGUGCAAUCGUUGAAGACGUGCUGGCUGACCAAGACCCAGCAAGGUCCGGUGAUUACCUCGACGCUGGCAACGCCCGUCCUGCCGGUCCGGCCCGAGACGCCAGUACAGUGACGCUGAAUACUUUUCACAGUCCUCCCUCUACUCCUUCUGGGCUUGCUGCGCCUAUGGACCCGAAGGAAGCUCACAUCGAGUGGCGAUCGCGCAGCCAGGCGGGGUCGACUGCUCCUCUCUCCCUGGGAAGUGGAAAGGGUACAAAAGCUGCCGGCCCGAGUCACAGAGAUCUCCUGGAGACUUUCGUCCGCAACCCCAAUGCGGAAGAGUCUACCAUAGAAGAUCGCAUCGACUCAGUCCUGUCCCGAGUGGCCCGCGACGGCGGUGCUACACGACAAGCAAAUGCUGCAAGUCAGGUCGGGCGGACUCCUGGGCGCCGGACGCCGACGACUGGUCAGACAGCAGCUGAAGAGGUCGCCCAAGCGCCCUCUGCCUACAAGGCAGCUGGUGCCCCUGUAGAAACGACCGGCGAUGCCUUCGGAGGACGCAAUACCGCCGACACAUACAGUGGCAAGUCAGGAGUCGACAGCGAGGUCUCUCACGAUGGGACCACGACUACAAGUCCAACGCCGGUCUCGACAGCGGCGCCGGUCACUGUUGCUACAGCUGCUGCCCGAAACCUACCCACAGGUGCCAUUGUCACUUCGCAGGCUGCCAACGUCACUCGAGGCCUCGAUGUGUCCAGCAGUCGGGGCAUGCCUACACCGAGGCCAUCUUCGCCGAUGCGCAUCUCUCCCUCUUCAUACGGUCCAGCGGCUUAUAUACCCUCUGACGACUUUGGUCUGGAUCAUCUCUAUACCAUUGUGGAUGCGGCCAUGCGUCGAGAUCCCGCAAAGUAUAUCCAAGUGCCUACACGAGCCCGAUCCACUACUCCGGGGAGCAAGAGAUUGAGUGGACUGGGUUCGCCCUCGCUCGCAUCACCGCAUCAAUUCGCCCAGUCUAUGACCUUCCAGCUUGCUCCUUCACGCGAGCCACUGCGACCACAGGAUGCUGGUCUCUUCUUUGUCCCGCCUGCGUCAAUGACAACAAAUGGGGAAGACAAGAUCGGAGCGGAGCGGUAUGCCCCUGUCAAUCGACAAUUGGGCCAGAUGGAGGAGACGCUUGACCAACUGCUGGCAGAUGUGAUGAAGGUGUUCUGAGGUCGAGUGCGAUCUGCUACGCUACGGGACUGUGUCUAGACUUUCUUCCCCAUUUCAACACGAUCCUUUCGCUUUACCUUGCCCACGCCUGCGCUGUCACUUUGCCGUUCAAACUUUCAGGCUGUUCCCGAUCUAUAUGCGUGUAUGGCAAUGUGCUGCACAUUGCUGUCCUGUACAAUCUAAUGCAAGCCCGGCUCACAAUUCUCCUUGAGAUCUUCAGCGGUGGCGGGGCAAAGGGUGCGAGAUGACCUGUACCCGUAGAAUCCAGGUCAAUAAAUCUGUCAUGGG